AUGAAGAUAGUGAUACGGUUCCCGCAUCUUGAAUCCUGGGCCGCGGUAAGCCGACGGCGAUUUCCGCCAUUGUGUUCUUGUUUUGUCGGAAGGAAAAAAGAAUCGAACGAUGAGAAAGAUAUUCUCCUAUGGUCAAAUAUAGCAGAUAUGAUUCGCGAAUUUUCGUCUCGCUAUGACGCCGGAUCUGUCUACGACAAUCAUUCCCUCUGUUUUAAAGAUCCUAGUAGACCCACUGACAAUUCGGUUGUCCUGUUGGCCAAGAUUGGCAGUUGGUCAGUGGUGGCUAGAGUUUGCUCGAAAGACACUGAGGAUCUGUUGGCGGCGAAAUAG